AUGAUCAAAGGUUUAGAAGCCAAGCCCAAUGAAGAACAGCUUAGGAAGAUGGCUUCUAACGGACUUCCGGUUGGUCACCGCUUAUGGAGGACACGCUUCUGUGAGCUCCUGAGUGAGACACAGAAGGAGGCUUGUUUUGAUAGCUUUGGGGGCUACAAACGCAACCCAACCUUCAUCCGACGGACUGAGGUCGUGGAGGCGAGACCCCAGGGCACCAUCGGCCGACGGCUUCUAAGAGGCAUCCCCCUCAAGGGGGUGUCCAAAGACGCCCGGCAACGAGGCGGAGGAGAGGCAGAUAAGAAGAAGGGACACCAUGCGCGUGGCAGCGUGAAGGGAGGAGAAGACGGGAAUAUACCUCGCGAGAUUUGGCGAGAGGAACACAAACGAGAGCCUGCCCCUCACGCGAGAAGUGGAGAACGUGUAAGAACGCAACUGACGCAAGACGUAAGGACGCAGCGACGCAACAGUGUAAACAAGGGAAAGAAGGAAGAAUUGCCAGAUUUAAAGAGACGGAAAGCGGAAGACAGGAUUAUUUUCUUUUGUCUUUGUUUUUGGAAUCAAUAUAACAGACAUCAACAGCACAAAGCUGGUGGAUAUGGGGACCUCUCACAUCUCUACAGUCCUUUGGAUGCCUUUACCUGGAGUACCCUGGCUGUUCUUACUCUGGAGUUAGUCAAGCAGGUCCGGCAGCUGAGUUCUGUGCAACCAAGGAAAAGAGAUGCUGGGGUUCGUCAGCUGGAGGGCCCAUUUGCUGUUCUGCCUCAGCAUCAGAACUCAGAAGCUCCCACAGCACCACCUUCUUGCUCCAGUGGCCAAGAGGAACAAGAGAUUUUCACAGGAGUGGGCUCUGGAUGUGAAGUGAAGAAUCCCCCUUCCAAUAAAAAACCGCAGCCUAAAGAAUAUCAGCUUUCUUCAAACACAGGGAGCUUCUUCUUUGCAUCUAGUACAGACCUUGAACCAGACUUAUGCCAGUUGCAUAUGCAGGGCAAUGUGGCAGAGGAGGUGUCUGUUAAUGAAGCUGCUUCUAAAAUGGAACAGGUGAUUCAAACCAGCAUUUCCAUGGCAUUCAACAUUCUCGGGCUUCAGUACAUGCAAGAAGGACAACACAAAAUGGCAUUUUCCUGCUUUAAGCUGGCUGCGGAUAAGAACUACAGCAAAGCCCAGUUCAACGUGGCAGUCUGCUAUGAACAUGGAAGAGGCACCAAGAAAGACAUUACCAAGGCAGUCCUCUACUAUCAACGAGCCGCUCUCCAAGGGCAUGCCUUGGCCCAGUAUCACUAUGCCAGGUGGCUUUUCUGCAAUUGCCCCUCUAGAGACAGCAAGGGAAAUAUAAAGAAACCAGUUGAUUUGCUGGACCAGAUAACCACACCAAGGCUAACCCAGAAUUCUUUGAGAAGACGUCAUUUGGGUGCUCACAAUGAGAAUGGCCUUGGAAUCCACAGAAGACGUUACCAGCAAGCAGAUAGUACAAGCUGCAAUACUGCACAGAAGAGAAUGAAAGUAACGGCAGAGGAGGAGAUAGCAGGUAUGGAGAGAUGGCGUCCAUUGGUACAAGCAGUGGGAACUUUUUCAUCCAGUCCCUGUCUUCAGGGCCUGGGCCAGCCAGUCUUCGAUAUACUUCGCUCCUGGAGCACAGGAAGCCUCAGAGAAGGAGCAAGUGGCUCCAUAAACUGUAUGCAUAAUCCAGGUUUCUCAGAUGGCCUUACCCUCAAACUGCCAUCCUUAGCUUGGUCCCCAGGAUCAGUAAUAAGCUAGCAUGGUCGAUGAAGAAGCACAAUCUUCCGAUAUCUAGAAGAGGAUGUCUGCAUCUGGCUGGCACCAUGAUACUUUUAGGAACAAAUAUGCGGGUGUUAAACACAUAUAUUUGCAUUUCAUCCUAAAUAUAUUAUUUGUUUCUUGAUAAUUAUUUUAAAAAUUGCAAUGAAGAUGCUGAAUAAUAAAUAAUGCUGCCAAAGAAAGCA